AUGCCAGAGGAACUUCGUGGCAAGGCCCCAUAUAAUCCGUAUGAUCCCACCGAAGCCCGUCCGCUCGGAGGGUACCCCAGUGAAUUUGCGAUUCCUGGGACGAAAUCGAACUCUGGGAUCAUUGCCCCAGCCUCGGAAUUCCAAAGGGUGAAGAACGCCAUGAACCGCCUUGGAUACCAUCCACGUCCUCGCAGCAGUGUUUAUCCUGGACAAUAUAAACUUCUACGACGGAUAGAUGAUCAACGGGCCCGGUUUUGGCGAGGCGCUAAGUACGUCACCGCGGGGAUUGUGGGGAUCGGGUCAAUAUACAUUGUGUUCUUCCAUAGAUGGAACGAUGGGUACGAUAGUAUGUUUAGCAAGACUUAUCGAUUCCAAUUACAUAUGAAGUGGUUAAUUAAAGGAACGUUGACCAAGCAAGAGUUUGAGGAUUUGCAUCCAAAGCAGCGAGGGUACGCGGGAGCGGUGGGGCAUGGAGGAACCCAGUUUAAUAAGUCAAAUGAAGGUGAACAUGAAACGAAUUUCGCAUUACAGAGACCGACUAAUGAUCAACAAGUGGCGGCCGAAAAGCAAAUGCAAGAAAGGGAAGAGAAUUAUUGGAAGGCGAUUGAUAUGGCAGAAAAGAUCUUGAAAGAAAAAGAGCCAGGACAGGAGAAGGUACAGAGUCUUGAUACGUCUUCUUCGGAGAGUGAUAAAGGGAAGAAGAAAUGGUGGUGGUAG